CCAGAGAGUCCAAGACCUGGUUUGCAAAGUGGGCAAAAGAAGUUACGUCUAUCACAAGAUGAAACAGAUAUUCAAACUUGUGUCAUGAAAGAGGAGCAGAUGUUGUCAAAAGAUGAACGAGAUGUUGAACCUGAUCUUCAGCAACAACAAGCCAGCCACCAAUCAUCUAGUGCCAGUCCUAACCAACCACAGACAGAUGUACAUGUACAAAACUUAUCAAUCGAGAAUCCUGGUGCUGUCUUCCUUGGUCCUGUUAAUAACACUACAGUAAUACUACCAGGCAAGCAGAAUGUACCAGGAACACCAGACCCAGAUCAAGUUCAAGCUGUUGGACAAAAGGCUAACAAGGCACUGAAAAAAAAGUACACAAGCACAGGUAGCUAUAUACAGAUGCUCCCAUUGGUUGAUGAUAGUAAGAGACACAUAAUGGACAUCUACACUAAGCUAUGUUUAGAUGAACUAGUUGACACAAGAGAGAAGAUUCAUCACAAGAAAAUUAAUUCAUGUGAAGAGAUUUUCCACUUUCAGACCAGGGAGGGUUAUCCAAUCAAACGUAUUGUUGUAAGCGGAUCAGCAGGAAUUGGCAAGACAACCCUAAUUGACAAAGUUGCUUAUGAUUGGGCAAGGGGCAACAGUGAGACACUCAAUAAGUUCAAACUUGUUUUUGCUUUAAAAAUGCAUUCAUUGCAACAAAGUAGCAACUUAGAAGAUGCCAUCUUUAGUGAAAAGCUUCUGACCAAAGACUGUGUAGAUCAAUCUGCCUUGAAAGAGUUUGUUGACAAGAACCAAGACAAAGUAUUGAUUCUCUUGGAUGGAUUUGAUGAAUUUAAAUUUGAUCCGCUUCACACAUCCUCAUUUGGUUCGAUUCUCAAUAUUCUGAAUCGAAAGCUGGGCCCAGAAUAUUGGGUAGUUAUUACAUCCCGUCCCCCCCUUGACAAAUUAAUCAACUCAUCAUUGGUUGAAAAGCCCUAUGCUCAUGUGAGAGUUGAGGGGUUUUCCCAUACAGAUAAAGAGGAAUAUGUGAAUAAAUUCUUCACUGAUGAUCAUGUCAAGGCUAGCAAGCUUACAGAGCAGAUAAAACAAUCAGAAACCUUGUCUGAUUUGGCAAAGAGUCCCAUGCUACUGCUGCUCAUGUGUUUGCUGAUGGGGAGCACAAAGAACACCCUCCCACACACAAUGACACGACUGUAUAACAAAGCACUGAAAUACAUAUUCAAAAGGAAAACAAGAGACAUCAAAGACGAUGCAAUAUCUAAGAUUUUGAUUUCUAUUGGAAAGGUUGCUCUAGGUAGUCUCCUUUCUAAAGAUCAGUCAUUUGCCUUUAGAGAAGGGGACUUUGAAAAGAGUGCGUUAGAUGCAGCAAUUAAUGCAGGUGUCCUCACUAACAGCUCAUUAACUGCCGACAAUACCAAUCAAAUCCUAUCAUCAUUGGCAAGUCCAUCAACAUUGAUUUGGCUAAACCUCUCAGAGAAUAAAGCAUUGGGUGGCUGUGCAUCCAUUUGGGGUCCUGAACUGGGGAAAAUGGAAUGCCUUCAAGAUAUUGACUUGCAAAACUGUUCACUGCAAGGUACAGAUAUUGAGCCCAUUGCUGUGGCACUGAGUGGUGUGUCUACUCUGGUUGAACUUGAUCUGUCAUGGAAUCAAGACUUGGGUGGUUGUGCAAAGAUGUGGGCUCAGCACUUGAAGGGAAUAAGACACCUUGAGGAGGUGUACUUGGAAGAGUGCGGAUUGAUAGAUAAAGAUAUUGAGCCCAUUGCUGUGGCACUGAGUGGUGUGUUUACUCUGGCUCAUCUGAACCUCAAUGAUAAUGAUGCAUUGGGUGGCUGUGCAUCAUUGUGGGCUCAGCAUUUGAAGAAAAUGAACCACCUUAAGGAACUGACAUUGAUGGCUUGUAAUCUGACAGGUGGUGAUAUGAAGCCCAUUGCUGAGUCAGUGAGUGACAUGCCUAAUCUGAUUGAUCUAGAUCUCUCAGAUAAUGAUCCAUUGAGUGACUGUGCAUCAUUCUGGGCGCCUCAUUUGAAGCUAAUGACCAAACACCUCAAGAAGCUCGAAAUGUGGAGCGGCAUGGGGAGCAAAUGGACAGAUAAAGAUAAGCAGCACAUUAAUGCAUCAAUCGGCUUGGAUUCGCCCAUAUUGGAGUUGCUGUAG